UGGGUUUAUUUGACCGAAGACGAGGAUAGUCGGAGUUCUGUGAGUGCCCAGGUGAAUGUUGUCCAGCCGUCACUGUGACUGUCGUUAUUCUGAGACACCGGUUCGGAAGAGCGCCUGCAGCCCAGGUCUGGGUCCCGGCUACCGGAUACCUCACCCGCCGCGUGUGCUGAAGCAGCCCCGAACCCCAGACGCGUGCAGCCUCCACUCGAAAAACCGACCACGAUUCAGCGAGCAAAAGGCCAAUCAGAUCUAUGGCACUCUGACAAUGAACAAGCGAUCACAGUUAUUGGAACAGCUGCAUUUUGUCCAUCUAAAAUGCACACCUCGAGUAGACAUGCCCUGCGUUCAGGCCCAGUACGGCCCUCCACCCCAUGGGUCCAGCUACUCUGCCCAGUCCUUUGGCUACCAUGGUGACUACAGCGCUGACCUCAUGGCGACAGACUACACAAAGUGUGAGCUCAGUGGGGGAGAGAUCUCAGCGGCGGCCGCCACCACUUCCUUACCCAGUUUUAAUGUGUUUGUGGAGGGCGGCUUCGAGCCCAAACCUUCCUGUCUGUAUCAACUCCCUCCUCAACGCCCUAUCAUCAAGAAAGAGGAGGAGUCCUUCCCACCCAUGGCACCAUCUGACGAAGCAAUACCUGGGAGCUCCAUGUACUUUAAACAGUCGCCCCCUUCGACGCCCCCUACGCCGCUUCACCCCGGCCCACCCAGCAGCUCUUUCUUGUGGGAUGAGCACAGUCUUCCCCCAGUGCCCCAACCUUGCCUGAUUGAAGGCCCGCUGAAGAGCCCUCGCUUCCCUCAUUUCUACGAGCAGACGGUGCCACCCUCCACCAGCGGCUACGACACUGCCAUCGGCCUUCCGCUGCGCCCUGAACGCUCUCCUUCGUCCUCCUCUUCGUCUUCACAUGUGCCACCCAACAUGGACACACAUGCACACUCACACGUGCACUCCCAUACGCACUCAAACAUGUACCCGAUCAACAUGGGUAAGCCGGGAGGCCUGGCGUUUCGCUCUCUGGGCAUGGGCCACUGUCCACCGCUUCUGGGAGAGAGUUUGCCAUCGCCGCCAAAUCGCACCAGCUCUGGAGAAGGAACCUGCGCGGUUUGUGGAGACAACGCAGCCUGCCAGCACUAUGGCGUACGCACUUGUGAGGGCUGCAAAGGCUUCUUCAAGAGGACGGUGCAAAAGAAUGCAAAGUACGUGUGUUUGGCCAGUAAAAACUGCCCUGUGGACAAAAGGAGAAGAAAUCGCUGCCAGUACUGCCGUUUCCAGAAGUGCCUCAGUGUAGGCAUGGUGAAAGAAGUGGUGCGCACAGACAACCUGAAGGGCAGGAGAGGUCGCUUGCCAUCUAAACCAAAGAGUCCCCUGCAGCCGGAGCCGUCGCCCCCAUCGCCUCCCCUCAGCCUGCUGAACGCACUGGUGCGCGCUUAUUCCCAGUCCACACCACGAGAGCUAGACUACAGCCAGUUCAGUGCGGUGGAGCCCGUGGGUCUGUCUGAGUCUCAGCAGAUCCAGAUGUUUUACAGAGUGUUAACCGGCUCUAUGGAGGUGACGCGCUGCUGGGCUGAACGGCUGCCUGGAUUCUCUGAGCUUCACCACGACGACCAGAACAUGCUGAUUGACUCUGCCUUCCUUGAGCUUUUCGUGCUUCGCCUCGCCAACAGGUCUUUGCUGGUGGAUGAGAAGUUUGUGUUUUGUACGGGGCUGGUCCUGCACCGGCUGCAGUGUCUGCGUGGCUUCGGAGAGUGGCUAGACUCUAUUCGAGACUUCAGUGCCCACCUCCAGGAACUCAACCUCGACAUGCCUGCGUUCUCCUGCUUGUGCGCCUUAGUGUUGCUAACAGAACAAUGUCCCGGUCUAAAGGAGCCCAAAAAAGUGGAGGAGCUGCAAUCCAAACUGAUCUGCUGUCUGCGAGACCACCUGAACUCCAUCAAUGCUGGAGGUGUGGCUUCCACCGGCAAGGCCCCACCCCCAGUGGGGGCUGUGCUGGGCUUAAGGGCGGAGCUUCGGUCUCAGCGUACGCAAGGCCUACAAAGGAUCUUCUACCUGAAGCUGGAGGACCUGGUCCCACCCCCACCACUCAUCGAUAGGUUCUUGGACACCUUGCCCUAUUGAUGGCCACGCCCACAUUUUUUUGCACACUCGCUCAGACACGCCCACAGCGACUAUAAACUCACCCUGGGAGGGACAGAGCCAGUAGCUAACAGUGACACUGAACUCGAUUUGCCCCAAAUCAAACGUGUCUGAGGAGAAACCAAUCAUAUAAGCGCUUUUAAUCUCUGCUCUGCGCCUGAUAAUGUAGAUACAAGCCAGGGUUUGAGUGUUUCUGACGUACAGUCUAUAGCUCAGCGAGUCACGUCAGUAGAAGUAUUACUGUGUGUGUAUGUGUGUAUGUGUGUGUGCAUGUGAAGAAACACCCUUUACGGCUUCAUCGCAGGUGGUCCAAAUGUUUCCACCACAAUCCACCUCAAUGACAGCAGUGGUGUUCAUCACAAACAUACACUCACAGACACACAAGUGCACGCGAACUGUCCUUUCACACAUACGCACGGAGCUUCAGAUGCCAGAUUAUGACAUAUCAACUGUCAUUGGCAGAAACGAAGUGGAUGUGUGUGUGAAAACGCGUAGGAGGCUUUCGCCACACAGAGUGCAUUAAUGUCCAGAAUCACAGUUGAUCGCACCCCGAAAAUCCUGCAAACAAGUGCAAUUUACUAAGUGCUAUUGUAAACGUCGCGGGAGAGAACGAGAAAGCGUGUUUGUUCCAGUCCUAUUUCAAACUCUAAAUUAUUUUAAUACUAAGACUUUGCCUCGUAAGGCUGAUGGAUUUUGAUUGAGAAGAUUUAGCCCAGUCUGCGCACUAACUUUUUAAACGACGAAGUUCCACAGACUUGAAAUCAAAGUAGGGUUUGUUUUUGUUUUCAUUAUUAUUGUGAAGAAAAACCAAGGGAUUUUAGCCUUAGGACUAAAAAAAAAAAAGUAGAACUGGGCUUUAAGCACUUAAAAAAACAACAGGAAGUGGAUCAGGUGAGGUGCAGGUGCAGAGAGAGGAUGGAAGGAAUGAAACAUUCCGCGUUCAUGCUCAUUUUUGUAUGUUUAUACUGUCUACGCCAUUUAUUAAUAUGGAGGACAUUGUUGCAAAAAAUGUCUUUUGUAUGUACAAAAAAAGUAAAAACGGAUUAUAUGCAUGGUUUUCUCCUUCUCGCCUCUGCUUGUAUUUAUUUUGCAAAGACUGCCGGCUCCACAAGGGCUUGAACACACUUACUGACUGGGCGUUCUCGCUUACUUUAUCAUAUGGCAGCGGUUUGAACAGAUGAGAAAGUACAAAUUCUAUAAAUAUAUAAAUAUAUAUAUAUACACAAUACAAAACUAAUAUUUUGAAGUGUUUUUAUCUGAUAGCUUUUUCAAAUCUUGUGGUACAAGUUGUGAAUUGUUUUUUUGGAAAAGAAACAUGAAAAAAAGAAAAAAAAACGUUUUUCAAUGUCUUUUUUUUUUUUGGUUUUAGUUUUUUUCUCUUUGGUUCACUGGAGGCUCUGUUUAGCACUUUGAAAUCAUAAAAAAAUCUUCUGAUUA